UACCUUUUCAUUCUUCGUAUUAAUAUAUAUCAAACAAAACAUAUUGAAUGCUCCCUUUUAGAACAACUCUAAGCUAUAAACAAAAAAAUAUUCCUUUAUAAGCUUUCGAUAUUCUUCUUUCCAAAACCCACAAAAAAAGAAAAAGAAAAAAAGAAUUUAAUACAAAACCUCUCCCCAAAUGGGUUUAAGAGACAUUGGAGCAACACUGCCUCCUGGAUUUAGAUUCUAUCCAAGUGAUGAAGAAUUAGUUUGCCAUUAUCUUUUCAAGAAAAUUGCAAAUGAAGAGGUUCUUAAAGGUACUUUAGUGGAAAUUGAUCUUCAUACUUGUGAACCAUGGCAGCUUCCUGAUGUGGCAAAGCUCAACUCGAGUGAAUGGUACUUCUUCAGCUUUCGAGAUCGGAAAUAUGCUACUGGUUUUCGUACAAAUCGCGCCACAACUUCAGGUUAUUGGAAAGCCACAGGCAAAGAUCGGACGGUGCUAGAUCCUCGAACUCGUACUAUCGUAGGGAUGAGAAAAACUCUAGUUUUCUACAUGAAUAGAGCUCCUCAUGGAAUAAAAACUGGAUGGAUCAUGCAUGAAUUUCGACUGGAAAAUCCACAUAUACCCCCUAAGGAAGAUUGGGUGCUAUGUCGAGUAUUUCACAAAGCUAAAGCUGAGAACAACAGUAACAACAACAACAAUAACACACUCAGCCCGCAUAACAUGUACGAGGUUGGUGUCAACUCUCCUCCCAAUAUGGACCAGGCCCAUGUGUUGACUUAUGGCGGCCUUCGCCCUGUGGCGGGGACCGCCUUUUCCCAACGCCCGGCUGGCCAUCAAAGCCAGCUGGCAAACAACCAAAGCAGCUAUCUUCAGUUAAUGUCUCAAGAAAUGAACAAAUCGAACGAUCAAAUGGCUGAGGAUGAUGAGUACGGGUUCUUGUUGGACAUGAAUUUUGAAGAUCCAAAUUUACAAGACGAAGGAGUGGAUUCGAGCAUUGGGGAUAUGAAAUUUGAUGAUGGAAACAGCUUGAUUUUUAUCUAAAUUGUUGAUGAUUGAUUAUUGUUAGUAGGAUUAAACAACAAAAACAUUUAAAAAAAAAAAAAAAAGACAAUGUGUUGAAUUUGCGUAGAUGCCUUAGUGUUUGCUUGUGGGGUAAUAUUCUUGUAUGUUUGAUGGGAUGAUUUUUUUUUUAUUUUUUUUGUUUUUUUUUUCUCCUUCACUAGAUAUACAUAUGUAUAGAUAGAUUGAUUAGACUCAGAUGUAUCUAUCGUUGAUAAUUAUUUGUAUGUUACUUUGACUUUUGUGUAAAUUAGUAAAUAGUAAUAUUCUUCUUGUU